GGGGUGGGUGGGGGGAAACCAUGGCUGACGUUUUCCCGGCCAACGACUCCCCGGCGACCCAGGACGUGGCCAACCGCUUCGCCCGCAAAGGGGCGCUGAGGCAGAAGAACGUGCACGAGGUGAAGGACCACAAAUUCAUCGCGCGCUUCUUCAAGCAGCCCACCUUCUGCAGCCACUGCACCGACUUCAUCUGGGGGUUUGGAAAACAAGGCUUCCAGUGCCAAGUUUGCUGUUUUGUGGUUCACAAGAGGUGCCAUGAAUUUGUUACGUUUUCCUGUCCGGGUGCGGAUAAGGGACCUGACACGGAUGACCCCAGAAGCAAGCACAAGUUCAAGAUCCACACCUAUGGGAGCCCCACCUUCUGCGACCACUGCGGCUCGCUGCUCUACGGCCUCAUCCACCAGGGCAUGAAAUGCGACACCUGCGACAUGAACGUGCACAAGCAAUGCGUCAUCAACGUGCCCAGCCUCUGCGGCAUGGACCACACAGAGAAGAGGGGCCGGAUCUACCUGAAGGCCGAGGUCACCGAGGAGAAGUUGCAUGUCACAGUCCGGGACGCAAAAAAUCUAAUCCCCAUGGACCCGAAUGGGCUUUCAGACCCUUACGUGAAGCUGAAACUGAUUCCAGACCCCAAGAAUGAGAGCAAGCAGAAAACCAAAACUAUCCGCUCCACACUGAACCCCCAGUGGAACGAGUCCUUCACCUUCAAGUUGAAGCCUUCCGACAAAGACCGCCGGCUGUCCGUCGAGAUCUGGGACUGGGACCGGACCACCAGGAACGACUUCAUGGGCUCCCUGUCCUUCGGCGUGUCCGAGCUCAUGAAGAUGCCCGCCAGCGGAUGGUACAAGCUGCUGAACCAGGAGGAGGGGGAGUACUACAACGUGCCCAUCCCGGAAGGAGACGAGGAAGGGAACGCGGAGCUGCGGCAGAAAUUCGAGAAAGCCAAGCUGGGCCCUGCAGGGAACAAGGCGGCCAGCUCGUCGGAGGAGCGCAGACAGCCAUCCAACAACCUCGACAGAGUCAAGCUCUCGGACUUCAACUUCCUCAUGGUGCUGGGGAAGGGGAGCUUCGGAAAGGUGAUGCUGGCUGACAGGAAGGGCACCGAGGAGCUAUACGCCAUCAAGAUCCUCAAGAAGGACGUGGUGAUUCAGGACGACGACGUGGAGUGCACCAUGGUGGAGAAGCGGGUGCUGGCACUGCUGGACAAGCCCCCCUUCCUCACGCAGCUGCACUCCUGCUUCCAGACAGUGGACCGGCUGUACUUCGUCAUGGAAUAUGUCAAUGGCGGGGACCUCAUGUACCACAUCCAGCAAGUCGGCAAGUUCAAGGAGCCACAGGCAGUAUUCUAUGCAGCCGAGAUUUCCAUCGGGUUGUUCUUCCUGCACAAACGAGGCAUCAUUUAUAGGGACCUGAAGUUAGACAAUGUCAUGCUGGACGCGGAGGGACACAUCAAGAUCGCCGACUUCGGGAUGUGCAAGGAGCAUAUGAUGGACGGGGUCACCACCAGAACCUUCUGCGGAACUCCGGAUUACAUCGCCCCCGAGAUCAUCGCUUAUCAGCCGUAUGGAAAAUCCGUGGACUGGUGGGCCUAUGGCGUCCUGUUGUAUGAGAUGCUGGCGGGGCAGCCUCCGUUUGAUGGGGAAGACGAAGACGAGCUGUUCCAGUCCAUCAUGGAACAUAAUGUGUCCUACCCCAAGUCCCUGUCCAAGGAGGCUGUCUCCAUCUGCAAGGGACUGAUGACCAAGCACCCAGGCAAGCGGCUGGGCUGUGGGCCCGAGGGUGAGCGGGAUGUGCGCGAACACGCCUUCUUCCGGAGGAUCGACUGGGAGAAGCUGGAGAGCAGGGAGAUCCAGCCGCCCUUCAAGCCCAAAGUGUGCGGCAAAGGAGCAGAAAACUUUGACAAGUUCUUCACCCGAGGACAGCCGGUCCUGACCCCACCGGACCAGCUGGUCAUCGCUAACAUUGACCAGUCUGAUUUCGAGGGGUUCUCCUAUGUCAACCCCCAGUUCAUACACCCCAUCCUCCAGAGCGCAGUAUGAAACUCAGCGGGGAGAAUGAGCGCAUCCCCCUCUCCUUGACCUCCCGCCCCACCACCCAGCCCCAGCCGUGGGAAGUGAUCCUCGACCCUAAAAUUUUAAGACCUCGGCCUUGUCCCUCCUUCCAGAUGGAGGUCUGAAAAUUGUAGGGUUCCUUAGUCCAGAUGUGAGCAGCUGUCCAGGGUCUCUCCCCCGCCCGCAACCAAGAACAUUCUUAGUGGAAAAUGAUGUGAUAUUUAGUGUCCAGCUGAACUAAGUCAAGUCACAUCUGGAAGUAGGGUGCCUCUUCCUAGAGAGCAAACAGACUCGUGCCCCCCACCCCCCACACCCUUUUUGGUACGAUUUGAUAUUUUUUCCAUAACCCAUCUGCCCUCCGACACAUCCAUUAGGAUCCCCCGGCGGCCAGAGAUGUGAAGAGAGCCUGCUCUGGGUAUUGGCUGGAAACUUGCAGCCCCACAAGGCAUUUUUGGAAAGGGGGAGAAGCAGGGGUGCCUAGAGAGUGAGCAUCUUGGGAUCGGGAGUCAGUCAGGGUGGCUUUGAAAUCCCCGAUGCUUCUGGGAGGCAGUCCUCAAACCCCCUCAAGACUGGGGUACACCUAGCCCCAUUGUCACCCUGUACCCUAUUGUAGGCUCCCAGUUCCCGGGCAUUGUGACCCCCCAAUAAGGUCGAACAGUCACCCAGUUUUAAAAGAAGGGGGGACCUCAGAUGAGUGUGAGGUGCACCUGUUUGUUGUCUUGUAACCCUGCCCGUUGAUCACUGUCUAAUUCUUUGCAUUUCUUCUUAAGAGGCCAAAUCUUCUAAGGACUUUGCUAAAGGAGCAUGUGAAAUCAUUUUCAAUCAAGGAUAGACCUGUAUGUGUGUGUGUAUGUGUAUGUGUGUGUGUGUGUGUGUGUGUGUGUUCAUUUUAAUCUCUGAGAGAUUGUUUUGUGAUCCAGGGUGCCAUCAGCAAUCAAGCCACUACUCAUGAGAGUUGUUAGCCAAGCCCCCAGCCCCACCCCCCCAUACCAACCAAGAUUUGUUCCCCGCUUCCGGAGAGGCUGGUGCGUGCGCUCAUCCCUUUUGUACUUAUUUAUUUGCUAGGCAGCAGUGUCUUUACAAGAGUACGAUGUACAGUGACCUACUCAGUGUCAGCUCUGGCCUCCGGCCCUUCUGGUCCUGCUCCCUCUCCAUCUCAGGCCCUUGGCAUUUACUUAGGGCCAAGCCAGGGGAAAAAAGACCCACAAGCCACAUGGUUUGGGUUCCCACAUCCAGUUCCUGCCGACGGACACCCCUGGACCUGAGAAUUCAGAGCCCUGGAUGCAUCUCCGCUCACAGGUGGCUCCUAGAAGGAUUUUCUGUGCUUUGCUGAUGCAUCAUGCAAUGGAAAUUUGCAUGUUUAUAAUAAACCUAAUGACAAGUGAAUCUAUAUUAUCAACCUAACUGUAUCAAGUAUCAAGAGAGCAUUGCAAUCAUUUUUUAAGACAUAACUGUGCUACAUUUGUGAAGGUCCUUGUUUCUGACUUGCUUGGAAGAUUUCAUUUAGCCGAAUUUUCUGCUGUGUGUGCCCCCUCCCUGCACCCCUGCACGAGGCCACUGUAUCAGAUGUUGAUUGUUUUUAAUCAUAGAUCUAAUUUUGAAAGUGAAUGGCUACUUUACAUGAUCAACUAGACAGAUAUAUAUAGAUAUAUAUAUAUAUGUAUGUAUGUGUAAAUAUUUGAUUCUACAAAUAGAAGUUUUGUUAAGGGGG